UGCAUAGUAUGUUUCAGCAAACCAGCUUUAACUAGGGUCCUAAGCUUAUAUUACCAAGUCUCUGCUAUUUUCAAUGUUUUUCAGAACCUUUGGUAGUUUGAUUCAUGAGCUCAAUGCCUUAAAUUUCUUCAACCCAAGGCUUCUUCUAAGUUCACCUUCAUCAGUUAGGUGGUCAUGGGAAAUUGCCUAACGAAGAAAUCUAAAGACCCCAACCAACAACCGCUUGAACCUGCUCGUCAUCCUACUGGGGUUGAUGCCGUUCGAAGUUCUCGUUCCAGGGCGAUCUCUACAUCAGCGGCGGUUCAACAGAAAACUUCGUCAUCCUUCAAAAUCUUCGAAAUGUAAGUCACUGCUAUAGUUGAUCAGCCAUAGUUUUUUGUUUUAGCCAUGAAUGAUCCGAUUGUGCUGUUUUCAAUUCAUGAUCCAGCAAACCCUGGUAAAGGUGAAAAAUAUGGUGCAAGUGCAAGUGCAACGCGCCAACACAGAAGCAGCAGGCAUGUUUCUUCACAGUCACGUAGAGACAACGGUAAGAAGAAUAAAAAACAUGGUCCGCCAACAACUCCAAGAGAUUGGCCAGUUUCAAAGGUGAAAAAAGUUGGAUGGGUUCCUGCCCGCAACAUCCACAGCUUUUGUUACAGUGUCUUGAGGGCCGCCACCCGUAAAUUCAGUAAGGAGAACAUAAUCGGCGAAGGGGGUUUUGGAAGAGUGUAUAUUGGGUAUAUAAAUCCAGACAGUAUGAAAGCAGCAAAGCCAGACACUGGCAAGGCGAUCGCUAUCAAGGUGCUUGGUAGAAGAGGGAUACAAAGCGACGAAGAAUGGCAGAAUGAAUUGAGAUUUCUAAACAAAUCAAAUCAUCCAAAUGUGGUGAAACUUAUGGGAUAUUGCAGGGAGAGACAUCAUAGGAUUGUGGUCUAUGAGUACAUGUGCAACGGAAGCUUGGAUGCCCAUCUCUUGAGAGAGAAUAAUACAGGGCUAAACUGGAAUAGAAGAAUCAAAAUAGCUAUUGGAGUAGCAAGGGCAAUAGCUUACCUUCACAGCUGCACGAGGCCAGUCAUUCAUCGGGACCUCAAAUCCUCUAAUAUUCUCCUUGAUGCUGAUUUCAAUCCGAAACUAUCAGACUUUGGACUGGCUAGGCAUGGACCCUUAGAAGACCAAUCACAUGUCAGUACAAGGAUCCUUGGAACCAGAGGAUACUUCGCUCCCGAAUACUUUACAACAGGGCAUUUAACUGUAAAAGCUGAUGUAUACAGUUUUGGAGUAGUACUACUAGAAAUAUUUUCUGCCUGUGUUGCAAUCAGGAGAUGUACCGACGGUACCAAAAGCGAUCUUGCUAUAUGGGCUAAACCACAUCUAAGCAAUCACAUGGAACUGCAUAACAUCAUCGACAAGAAAAUAGCAAGGAACAUCAAUAUUGAAGAAGCACACAAGUUUGCUUCAAUCAUCGGCCAAUGCCUUGGAUCGGACCCUAGGGAUCGACCCACAAUGGGGGAAGUACUAGCAAGUCUAGAGCAAUUGCAACAAGAUAUGGUACUCAGCAAUUUGAACACACUUGCGCCAUUCAAAUACCAUAGAAGGUGUACACAUACAUUAAAAAGUUAAUAUCUCAACUAUUUGUAAGUCGCUGUUGGUCACACUGAAUUAUGAUUAGUUUAUUUCACGAAGAUUAUCCUAACUCAUGAUAUUGU